AGACGAUCUCUAACGUUGCAAAGCGAACAAACGAAUUGGAAAGUUUAAGGACAGACGUAAAUCAGCGUAGAACGAGUGAAAUAAUAAGAUCACAUUGUGAAAUAAGCAGCGACAGAAUAAUAGAAAUGCCCGCAAUUGGAAUCGAUUUGGGAACAACCUACUCCUGCGUCGGGGUCUGGCAGCAGGGAAAGGUCGAAAUCAUAGCCAACGACCAAGGGAACAGAACGACCCCCAGCUACGUCGCGUUCACGGACACCGAGCGACUGAUCGGAGAUGCUGCCAAGAACCAGGUGGCGAUGAACCCCUCGAACACGGUGUUCGACGCCAAGCGACUCAUCGGGCGGCGAUUCGACGACCCCAAAGUCCAGGCCGACGCCAAGCACUGGCCUUUCCGGGUCGUCGACGAAGCCGGCAAACCGAAGAUCCAAGUGGAAUUCCGCGGCGAGACGAAACGUUUCAACCCGGAGGAGAUCAGCUCCAUGGUGCUGACGAAGAUGAAGGAGACGGCGGAGGCCUACCUGGGACAAAAGGUCAGAGACGCGGUGGUCACGGUACCCGCCUAUUUCAACGACUCGCAGAGGCAGGCGACGAAGGACGCCGGCGCCAUCGCCGGGCUCAACGUCCUCAGGAUCAUCAACGAACCGACCGCCGCCGCCCUCGCCUACGGCCUCGACAAAAAUCUCAAAGGCGAGCGCAACGUCCUGAUCUUCGAUCUCGGCGGCGGCACCUUCGACGUGUCGAUUCUGUCGAUCGACGAGGGUUCGCUCUUCGAGGUCAGGGCGACCGCCGGCGACACCCACCUCGGUGGCGAAGACUUCGACUCACGGCUCGUCGACCACUUCGCCGCGGAGUUUGAGCGCAAGUACAGGAAGAAUCUCAGAAAGAAUCCGCGCGCCGUUCGCCGGCUGCGCACCGCCGCGGAAAGAGCCAAGCGAACGCUUUCCUCCAGUACCGAGGCGAGCGUAGAGAUCGACGCCCUCUUCGAGGGAAUCGACUUUUACACAAAAGUGUCGAGAGCCCGAUUCGAGGAACUUUGCGCCGACCUCUUCCGAGGAACACUCGCUCCGGUCGAGAAGGCGUUAGCCGACGCGAAGAUGGACAAGGGGGCGAUCCACGACAUCGUCCUCGUCGGGGGUUCGACGCGUAUCCCCAAGAUCCAGAGCCUGCUGCAGAACUUCUUCUGCGGCAAGCAGCUCAAUCUAUCCAUAAACCCCGACGAGGCGGUGGCCUACGGAGCCGCGGUGCAAGCGGCCAUCCUGAGCGGCGAGGGCGACACCUGCUCGAAACUACAGGACGUACUGCUCGUCGACGUCGCGCCGCUCUCCCUCGGCAUCGAGACCGCCGGCGGGGUAAUGACCAACAUAAUCGAGCGCAACGCCCGCAUCCCCUGCAAACAGACGCAAACGUUCACCACCUACGCCGACAAUCAACCCGGCGUCUCCGUCCAGGUCUUCGAGGGCGAACGAGCGAUGACCAAGGACAACAACCUCCUGGGACGAUUCGAACUGAGCGGCAUCGCCCCCGCGCCACGCGGCCUCCCUAAGAUCGAGGUCACCUUCGACCUGGACGCCAACGGGAUUCUCCACGUGACCGCCAAGGACACGGCCAGCGGACGCAGCAGCGACGUGCGCAUCACCAACGACAAGGGUCGCCUCUCCCGCGAAGAGAUCGACCGCAUGCUGGCGGAGGCCGACCGGUACAAAGAGCAGGACCGGGAGCAACGGGAACGGGUCGCCGCGAGGAACGAACUCGAGGGCUACGUCUUCACCGUGAAACAGGCGUUGCAAGAGCACGCCGAGCGACUCCCGCAGGAGGACAGGGAGGCGGUCGCCACCCUCUGCGAGGAGACCGUCCGUUGGCUGGACAACAACUCUCUCGCCGAAAAGGACGAGUACCGAGACAAAUUGGAGGCGCUCCAGAAGCGGUGCUCCGCGGUGAUGGCCAAACUUCACCAAGGAGCUGGCAACGCCGCACCCGGGGCUCAGGACUGCGGAGCCCAGUUCAGGCAGGCGGGAGGAAACCACUCCGGACCCACCGUCGAAGAGGUCGACUAAAGUCGAGCCGCGCUAUACCCGUACCCGAAGUAUUGAUGAUUUGUUCCUACCGAUGACAUCGCCGUCACCGGUGAUUGUACAUAAAUAAAUGUAAAAAUAGUGCAGCGCAUUUAUUGUAAACAGCUUAGACCUAAGAUUAAUUUAUUAACUGACGGAUGACUGAUGCCGAAUGUAUGCGUGUGAGACGUUUCCAUGGUACGUGAAUAAACGAACAAAAUGUAUACUUUUUAUAA